UGUUCUCUGCGCUGUAGAACGGGAAACAAGCAACCUUUGACCGACAAGAUACCCUGUCUUUCGUGCGGAAUCCUCCAAGGGGACAUGUCUUCCCACCCUUCCCAACCUACCCCGACGGAGGACACGCCAGGGCAAUUCGGGCAGCCAUCACCUCCACCACCUGCACUCCUCCCACCGCGCUACCAACCUGAUCCGUCACCGACUUUUGGCGCAGCGACGGAAACGUAUACCCAACCUCCUCAUUAUCCAAUCUCCAUUCGCUCCGUUCCACCCGCCUAUGGGCCUGACCCGGAGAUUCAACGCAAGUUAUAUGUCCAAUACAGGAGUAGAUUAAGAAAGACGUAUGGCGUACCGUUGCUGACAUGGAUUCCGUCCUUUGGGUUCAUACUGUAUUAUGCAAUUGCAAAUGAAGUUAAAGGUAAAAUGACACCGUACACAUGGGUUGCCGUCGUUCUAUGGGUUAUGAUGCUCUUUGCCAUCAUCUAUGCAUAUCACACACGAUUCAAGCGCCUCACUCGUGUCUUUAAGAUGGGAAUCCUUGACUCACUUCCAAUCGAUGAACUUAAUGACGUUGUCAUGCAUGGAGCUCCUUUGCGAUCUGCUCCCGACUAUGACGAAACUGCCGUAAGAUACGAUGAACCUCUUCCGCUAUAUCCAGCAAGACGAACAGAGUCUAGUUCUUCAAGAGGAACUACACAGAGUUGGCGGAGAUGGUGGACGGGAGAGACUACACCGGAUGCGGAGACAGGUCCACAACAACAAAGCGCUGUUCCGAUGACAGAUUUGAUGGUCGAGGGAAGUAGAGAAAGGGCGGGGUCUUUAAGUAGUGUAGAAACGAAGGUGAUGGUCCUUGAGUAUGGCACUGCCGAGCCGAAAGAUGGAGUUGAAACAGAUCACGAACGGGAUGGACAAGCAUCAACCUCUAGCAGCAUUCUGUUGCCAGAACCUCAGGAGGCGGGCGAAAUCCCAAGAUCCGUGGCGGUGCAUGAUAGUCCGGCAGUUUCCCCUCCUUUGUAGAAUACAGAAAUGUGCAUGUUAUGAUUACGUAGAUAGAUUUAUAUGUUUUGUAUAUUCUUUUAUAUUGAUGUUUGGCUUUCUCUCAAUGAAUUCCUUUCUGGUUAACUCUCUGCACAGAACCUGAA